AUGGGCGCUCAUUAUAGUUGCUGCAGAGAGCAAGUCAAGCCUGACGAUGUAACAAAAGAAUCAGUACAACCUAGCGCAACUCCUAUACCCUUUGGAGAAAUCGAAACGGAUAACCGUGAAGAAAUCUCAAACAUAUCAAAAGUUCGAUCCCCCGAUAGGCCACUUCCCGAACCUCCGCUACAGCCUGAUGCAACGUUCUAUACUAAACCGAUAACUAAACCGAUGAAGAAAGACUUUGAAUUCCGCGACAUCAUCGAGGCCUUUGACAACGAGCUAGCCAACAUUCGCAAUUCUUCUUUUCGCAAAUCUAGAGCAAAGGCAGACGGCAGGCCAGAAUCACAAUAUACUACUAGCACAAGACCCAGAAGCAGGAAAUCUGAUUUCUUCUUUAGUUCUAGACGCUCCCUUAACAGGUUUGCGCCAAUGAGGGAAGAAUUUGCCGCGAGUUACGCCGAAUUUAAUCGACGAAAUUCCAUCAUUACCGUACUAAAUUCCUUGGUCAGAGAAGAAUUGAAGCGCUUAGAGGCAAACGGAAAUGACAAGAGUCAAUUACGACCGUUCGAAUAUGUAAUGUUGAAGCGUCGGCUUCAAGACAAUGGAUACAAGAUGAAGUUUGCCGCCAGCGAAGAAGACUGGGAAUAUGACUUGAUAUGGGUUAGACAGAUUUUUGAAGAUUGGCAAGGAUUUACCAAGUAUACUUUGCCUUUGUCUGAAAUGAUACGAGCCAAACAAAAGGAAAACAGCUUGAGCGAGCUUGCCGAGUUGUUAUCAGAGUCGUUUUUCUUUUCCAAGCCAUUCAAUGAACGAAGAGACGAGAUUAGAGCACAUUUUGAAGAGUUGCGACUGUUGUUGGAAUUAGAAAUUCGUACCAUUGCGGCAAAGAGAUAUUAUGGGCCAGGAAGCGAAAUCACCGAAAUAGUCGACAAAUUUUGUCUGAGAAACGGGUCUUGCAAGCUGUGUGGUCAGCAGAUGUUUUAUGAAAACCAUUGUCAGCUAUGCGAAUGGAGAAACUUAAAACUACACUAUGGGUACGUUACAGUUCGCAGCAAAAAGUCGGAUGAUUUCACGAGAAAUGCCCCGGUAUCCAUAGGGAUGAAAACUCCAUAUGUUGGACGGAUCAAUUAUGAACGAUUGAAGGAUUUUGAGGUUAUCGGGUCGGGUGGUUUUGCGACUGUCCUUUCUGCUACUUGGUUGGAUGGGUCUACUAUGGUAUGGAAUAAAGAUGAGAACAUGUAUCAAAGCACGGAUACGUGCAGAGUGGUAUUGAGACAAUUACAUAGCAAGACUGAAUUGUCUUUUGAGGUUUUAAACGAGAUUAUUGAGUACCUGAAUCGUUACUGCCCUCAAAUUGGCAUCAAUUAUCUUGGAAUAUCACAAGACAUUGUAUCAAAAGACUUUGUUAUAGUGACAGAAUACGCCGACAAUGGUAGCUUGCACAAUUUCAUUCAAAGUAGUUUUGCCGAUCUCACAUGGAAGAUGCGUAUUCGCAUUCUACGCGAUAUAGCCAGAGAUCUCGUAUCUAUUCAUAGCCAAGGCAUCGUCCAUCGUGAUAUUCACAGUGGUAAUGUAUUAAUCCACAAUUCUGUGGAUGGACUUAUUGCCAAACUAUCCGAUAUUGGCUUUACCGGUCCGAUGACCGACUUGUUAUCCAACGUGCAUGGAGUGUUACCCUACUGUGCGCCCGAAAUACUUCGUGGACGUAUUCACACCACGGCAGUGGAUAUUUAUUCGUUUGGAAUGAUAAUGUGGGAACUGUCAUCCGGAAUGCGACCAUUUGCAACCAGGGCUCACGAUGAAGUACUAGCAUUUGAUCUUGGAAAUCGACAUCUAAGACCCGAAGUGGUCGAGGGAGCUCCCAAGUGUUAUGUAAAGUUGAUGCAACGAUGUUGGCACCAUGUUGCCAGCAAACGACCGUCAGCACAACAGCUAUGCCAUGUGCUUCAAAAGUGGAUGCGCUAUGAGGGCGAUGAAUCGCAGUAUAAAAUAGUUGUUCCCAAAGGAACUGAAAAACCCUUUUUACCAAUGAAUAGAUUAACUAUAACAAAUUCAAUAAACUGGAAUCCUGACUUGGAUACUAUUAUAGAAUGGCAGCAGUUAGAAGAUGCCGAUAAGGAAGGUGUUAGAAAGAAAAUAGAAAACCAACAAGAGGUGCCAUCGGCUGUGUAUAUUAGUAGGAAGUUAGAUUAUAUUUUACGAAGGCCAAAGUCAAUUGCACGUAUGCAACAGCGAUUCUCUUUGUUUUUUGCACAAUAA